UGACUUUCCCGUGUGAGCACGGGACUAACAAUCUUCUCUUUUGGCGGAGUAACGGUUGACUAGUUUGGCACCAACACCAACCCCUGAAAACACUCCACCGUGUCACUUGCCUUCUCUGCAACUCACAAACCAAUAGGAAAGGAAAAAUAAAAAUAAAAAUAAAAAUAAAAAUAAAAAAACCCUGGAAAUUCUCAUCAUCAAUUCUUUUUUGUUGUUCAAAAAAGCAUGCACAGUAGCAACCACACCAGCAGCGCCAUGAUCAACUGAUUUUAAAAUCUGAUUUUCUCUCUCCUAGGGUUUCCGCAAUCUCUCCGAAAUUUCCUCUCUUAAUCUUCUUCAAUGGCGUCGUCGAAGCCGUGGCUUCAGCCUGCUCCGUCGUAUACGCCAUUAUUAGACUCAUUUUGGGACUCCGAUGAAGACGCGCCUGGUCCUCGUUGUGGUCACACUCUCACCGCUGUUGCCGCUACUAAAUCUCAAGGCCCGCGCCUCAUUCUAUUCGGAGGCGCAACUGCUAUUGAAGGAGGCGCUUCGUCUUCCGCCCCCGGCAUCAGGUUGGCUGGGGUUACCAAUUCUGUUCAUUCUUAUGAUGUUCUUACUAAGAAAUGGACCAGAAUUAGACCGGCUGGUGAUCCGCCUUCUCCAAGGGCGGCACACGCGGCUGCUGCAGUCGGAACUAUGGUUGUGUUUCAGGGUGGCAUAGGACCGGCUGGGCAUUCCACGGAUGAUCUCUAUGUGCUUGAUUUGACAAAUGACAAGUACAAAUGGCAUAGAGUAGUCGUUCAAGGUCCAGGACCUGGGCCUAGAUAUGGCCAUGUGAUGGACCUGGUUGCACAACGAUACCUUGUUACUGUCAGUGGCAAUGAUGGGAAAAGAGCUUUGUCAGAUGCUUGGGUUUUGGAUACUGCUCAAAAACCAUAUGUUUGGCAGAGGCUUAACCCUGAAGGUGAUAGACCUUCUGCUAGAAUGUAUGCCACUGCAAGUGCCCGAUCGGAUGGCAUGUUUUUGCUAUGUGGUGGAAGAGACUCAACUGGCGCGCCCCUGGCAGAUGCGUAUGGGCUACUCAUGCAUAGAAAUGGUCAAUGGGAGUGGACUCUUGCACCUGGCGUUUCUCCUUCUCCAAGGUAUCAACAUGCUGCGGUCUUUGUAGGUGCUAGAUUGCAUGUUACCGGGGGGGUGCUUAGAGGAGGACGUGGUAUUGAAGGUGAAGCAGCUGUUGCAGUUUUGGACACUGCUGCUGGAGUAUGGUUGGAUAGGAGUGGGCUAGUAACUUCUGCGAAGGGCAACAAACAAAUUGAAUCUGAUCCUUCCUUGGAGUUGAUGCGCCGCUGUCGCCAUGCGGCUGCUUCUGUUGGUGUUCGUAUCUAUAUUUAUGGUGGUCUUAGAGGAGAUAUACUGCUCGAUGACUUCCUGGUUGCAGAGAAUGCGGUGUUGCAGUCUGAUGAUAACUCCCUACCACUGACAUCUGAGAGACCCUCGAGCCUGACUGAGCCCAGAAUUGAUCAACAUAGUUUGAGUAUGCACCCCUCCAUACCCAUAUCUGGUGGAAGACCUGAAACAAGUGUUGUAAGUUCGGAAAAUAAAUCUGUGGAUACACUUGUGGAGGCAUCUGCUGCUGAAGUUGAAGCAGUUAGAACUGUCUGGCAAGCCGCUCAGGCUGCGUCAUCAUCUCCCCCAGACGAGACACCUCUUUCGCAAGGCAGCACACGUAUGACAGAUGGGAGUGAUGCUGAUGUUGAUGUUCGCCUCCAUAGCAGAGCAGUUGUAGUUGCUAAAGAAACUGUAGGGAACUUAGGUGGGAUGGUGAGGCAGUUAUCACUCGAUCAGUUUGAAAACGAGAGCAGAAGGAUGAUACCUGUCAAUAGUGACCUUGGCAAAAAGUUCCCGAGGCAAAAACCUCAGGGUUUGCAUAAAAAAGUCAUCUCCACAUUGCUCAGGCCACGAAACUGGAAACCUCCGGCUAAUAGGAAAUUUUUUUUAGAUUCUUACGAAGUGGGGGAGAUUUGCCAUGCUGCUGAAAAUAUCUUUAUGCAUGAGCCAAGUGUUCUUCAGCUGAAAGCUCCAAUCAAAGUGUUUGGUGACCUUCAUGGACAGUUUGGCGAUUUGAUGCGGUUGUUUGAUGAAUAUGGAUUUCCUUCAACUGCUGGCGACAUUACGUACAUUGAUUAUUUAUUCUUGGGUGACUAUGUUGAUCGAGGGCAGCAUAGCUUAGAGACUAUUACUUUACUUCUUGCUCUGAAGAUUGAAUAUCCUGAAAAUGUUCACUUGAUACGUGGGAAUCAUGAAGCUGCCGAUAUUAAUGCACUCUUUGGGUUUCGUCUUGAAUGCAUUGAGAGAAUGGGAGAGAAUGAUGGCAUAUGGGCAUGGACACGAUUCAACCAGCUCUUCAAUUAUCUUCCACUUGCUGCCCUUAUCGAGAAGAAGAUAAUUUGUAUGCAUGGUGGAAUUGGAAGGUCUAUACAAGCAGUCGAACAAAUAGAGAAACUUGAGAGGCCCAUCACAAUGGAUGCUGGAUCUAUAGUUCUUAUGGAUUUGCUGUGGUCUGAUCCGACGGAAAAUGAUAGUAUAGAGGGUCUGAGACCAAAUGCUAGAGGUCCUGGUUUAGUUACAUUUGGGCCUGAUCGGGUCACAGAGUUCUGCAAAAAGAACAAAUUGCAGCUCAUUAUAAGAGCUCAUGAGUGCGUAAUGGAUGGUUUCGAACGAUUUGCUCACGGGCAGUUGAUAACACUCUUCUCUGCUACGAACUAUUGUGGGACUGCAAAUAACGCUGGAGCUAUAUUGGUUAUUGGCCGUGGUUUGGUAGUGGUUCCAAAAUUAAUUCAUCCCUUGCCACCUCCGUUGCAAUCACCUGAGACCUCCCCAGAACGCUGUUUGGAUGAUACUUGGAUGCAGGAGCUCAACAUCCAAAGACCGCCAACUCCUACUAGAGGACGGCCUCAGCCUGAUCAUGACCGUAAUUCACUUGCAUAUAUCUAAAGUUGGCUGUAUUUUAGGCCUUAAUUGACCAUGUGCCUGCUUGUGCCCGGAGUUCUCAGUGACCAGAAAAGUUACCAGCCUUCGUUAUACAUAUUACAGUGCUACGCUGCAAGCCUUAUUUUAAUUAAGAUUUUUAGAUAGAGAAAACCUCAUCCUGUACAUGUAGCUUUGUUAUUGUAGAAAAGUUAGUACCAUUUUUGUUAGCCUAUAUUAAAGCAAUAGAACUUUUGUUUUUGUACAACUCUAGUGUAAAGUGAGGCCAUAAGAAGAUUCAGAAGCUGUCGAGAGAAGCUUCCAAUUUGAGUAAUUGUUUAUUGUAAAAUCAAAUUACAUUAACUUGUAAUUAGUUUUUUCUCUAAAGAAGUAUACCAAUUCUAUUGAUGUA